AUGCCAGAGCAACCAAUGCACGCUAAUGACAGGGCUACUGUAAGUGCUGCAAGUACUGCCAAUACCAGUGCCACGACAAACGGCAAGGCCACGGCCACACCCCAUCUAUUACCGCCGACCAACGCCUUUCUCGAACUGCUUCUGUGGUGGGUGGACGUUGUUACACACAGCUCUGCUGCGACCUCAGAAGGGGGUUCUACAUUCAAGAUGUACCGCUUGCUCAGAAAGCAAGACACCACUGACACACUUAUUCAGACGCAGCUACUCGACCAGCUCCUUCAAGAUAAUUUGGAUACCCUGUUAUGUCACCGUUAUACUGCGAGUGACACUCAUUUUAGUAGAGAUGUCUACGGCAAUAACAUUAGUAAUUUCAGCGACAACAAUAAUAACAAUAAUAGCAACAACAUCAGUAACAACAACAGCACCCACACCCCACAUACUCCCACCCCCUUCUCCCUCUUCGUCUCCCUCUGUAGCCGCUAUUUUAUAGUGAGUGGGCUUUUGCGUGGUGAAGACGAUGUGCUGACUGGCUGGCCUUUUCAGAGAGUCUCGUACUGCGAACGUAAUGGCAUGGGCGAGCGAUCACACCCAUUCGCCAAACUUUUCUUUGCACUCCCCGAUGAAUGUCUUGCUAUUGGCAAGUGGCACGCCUUCACCCAGCUGCAGCCGCAGUGGGGGUAUUCAGAGGGUUUGUAUAGGGUGGAUGUAGGUGUCCAUGCGGGUAUGCAUCAGGAACACACACGAAGCCACAUCGUAGAAACUCUUUUAUGCGACGCAAACGACCACCACACAGCCAUUCUCAUCGACCGUCUGCAUGCAGCCAUGGUGUUAGAAGAUGGAUGGCAUGUUAAGCACUCCGAGCAUAGCAUACACAGCAACCACACCGAUCUCGUCGUCGACGUGCCUCGUGUGCGCGAGGUGGCCGCGGAGAUUCGACAAGAAAUUCGCCUCAUCAUCACUGUCAAACGGCUUUUACGCAAGUCGCUGACGCUGUGCGACCAAGUAUCAACAUCCUCCUUCACAAGUAAAUGCAAAAGCAAGACAGACAUAGCCGCACUGAGCGUCGCACUUAAGACGCACAGAACGCACAGGAUGCACAAGCACACGCGCACGCGCUCGCCCGCGGACAUUUUCUCCUUAGACACCCUCACCCAGCUGCACAACCACCUCUAUCCGUUCACGCGCGUGGUCGUCCUGCUCGAUUCGCUCGGCACGGCGUAUGAGUAUAUGGAUGUAGAUGAGCACUGCCAUCACCUUGUGUGGCUGUAUCUGGAUGUGGAUGUGGGUGAGGUGAGUGACCACGCGCUAACACUCCCACUCCAAUUCCCACUUCGCCACAGAGUGAGUGUGAGCAUUGGUGAAAUCAUGGCUAUUGGCUCGCUCUCCCAUCCGUGCAUCACCCUGACGCGCAAACAUCUCGAGGACCUUGUGCGGGUGCUGCGCGCAGUCGGUGCGUCUCCUUACGAGAUGCCUCUUGAGAAGGGGGAUGUGGAUGUAGACUUGGGUGGAGUUUUCGCCCUUCUCGCUAAGUCUGUACAUCUGCUCAGCACCUCUCCGGAUAUUCAUUGGGGCGGCCUCCUCUACCACGCUUACAACACCCUCCUUAUGAUCUACACACACCUCCUCCCCUUCAAGGAGAAUAAUGGCGGGAGUUUCAGUGGCUUCGGGGAUGCAUUAGCGUUUGAGUUUGAAUCUGGGUUUGGGUACGAUGACAAUUACGUCCCUGUGUCUUACCUUAGCAUCGACAAUGGUAAAGACAAUGGUAGCAGCAGCAGCAGGGAUAUGCAAGUCAGUAUCUGGUGCGCUGCCCAGACGCGUUUUGCUGCUCUUAAUGCACACGAUCCUUUUGAAGAUGGUAGCGCGGAUGAAGGUGGAGAGGGAGACAACGAUGGCUACGACGGCGAUAACGACAACGAAAACAGCAUCACCAUCAUCAAUAGCAACAAGACCGAAAACUCAGCCGAAACAUACACAAUUGAGGCAGAUGAUUAA